UCCCAACCCUGAAAUGAUGUAAAGUUAUGCCAACCGUGACUAGCAGUAGAUCUAAAACACGUAAGGUUACACGUAGUAACAUAAAAUUACAUCAGCGACUGCGAAUUAAUUAUACAAGAGUCCUUAGAAACGUGUUUGUUCGCUGUAAGUUGUCUUCAAAUAGUCAUCGGGAAAAACGUAUGUUGGGAAAGUUUUACGGAGAAUGUACUCGGGUACAAUAAUUGCCUGUCCGCAGUUGGAUUCUUAAUGACAUUUUAACGGGCGAAAUAAAUUAUUCAAAGCAAAGCGCUCGCUUCGACGCCCGCUGCACCAAUGUCGGUUCGAGGCGGACGAGACUUUUGCGAGGAAUUAUGCAGGACUACCAGGUUAUAAGCACAAUUGCCUGCAAACGAGAUCAUCAAGAAUUGAAGUCGCGAAAGAGUAAAGGGGGACGAGGGCUCCGAAAGAUCGAUAGUUUAAUAGGAGCGAAAGAUUCUCCUCGGCGAGAGUCGCUCGCGCGGAUAAAACCCUCCAAAUAUGCGCGCUGCGACAACGGUGGUUGUUGUCUUCUUUUCGCAACUCGUCAUUGCCGAAAGAAGUUUUGAACGACUGCGUUGGUGCGAACGCAAAACGGCCGACCUAAAAUCGGUGGUCGAACAAAUCGUAGAAGAGAUAGCCACACACAGCAGUUGCAUUGUUUUCAUCACUGAUCCCGCUUAUCGCGGACUGAUCGAUGUGCGCGCCCUCGAAAUAUCUUCUUUCUUAUCGAGAUACGACAUUGCUGUGCGCGAUAGCGAGGAUUUUUCACGGCCGAGGAAAAAAAUAGUGAGAACGCUUCAACAAGUCAAAGCAACAGGUUGCGAUGCAUAUGUUAUACUAAUCGGCAAUGGACUGCUAUCAUCACGAUUCCUGCAAUAUGUCGAAGGAGAACGUCUAAUCAACACGCGCGGCUACUUCUUACUUCUGCACGACAAUCGGCUGUUCAGGCCCGAGUUGCAUUACAUCUGGAAUCGAAUUGUUAACGUGGUGUUCAUACGGCGAUACAGCACGUACAAGUACCGUUCGGGUGAGCGAGUUACCGAGGAACGAAUCGAUCUCAAUACCGUCUAUUAUCCGUCGCGCACCAGAGACUUCACGGCGAUCAAGUACAUCGAUUCUUGGCAGAACGGCAAAUUGCGUUACGGUAAUAAUCACUACAUACCGAAAACUACGGACCUUCGUGGCAACAGUUUGCGAGUUGCGGUGUUCGAACAUGUACCGGCCGUGACGGAAGCAUCGCGAGAUUACUAUCAACAAAGUACAACAACUGCAAGCCCUAAGGCUUUGGGUAUCGAAUUUGAGUUAAUUCGAAUCAUAGCAAAGGCGAUGAACUUCGAAACGAACUACUAUAUGCCUUCUAACAUCGUCAGCGAGAGAUGGGGCAGUGCGGGAGAUAACGAUAGCUACACGGGCCUCCUCGGCGAGGCGAUUGCCGAAAAUGCCGAUUUCUUUCUCGGGGAUCUGCAUUAUACGCUGCAUCAUCUGAAUUAUUUCGACCUAUCCACACCGUAUAAUACAGAGUGUCUUACCUUCUUAACACCAGAGGCAUUAACUGAUAAUUCAUGGAAAUUACUGAUACUACCUUUUAGCCUGAACGCAUGGAUAGCGCUUCUUUGCACCCUAUUGUUGGGCGGCGGGGCUUUCCACGUGUUUGCGUUGCUCUACCAGAAGUACAUAGGCUCGCAUGCAACUUCGAAACACGACGAAGCGUACGACAGUACGUCGGGUCUGUAUCUGUUCACCGAGCUCCAAAACAGCAUGCUGUACACAUACAGUAUGUUGCUUCAGGUCUCCCUGCCGCGUUUGCCGAACGCCUGGACCGUGAGGAUCUUCAUCGGCUGGUGGUGGGUCUACAGCAUCCUGGCGGCCGUUGCUUAUCGCGCCAGUAUGACGGCGACCCUAUCACGUCCUAUCGCCAAAGUAACCAUCGAUACUUUGGCGCAGCUGACAAGAUCGUCGCUGGCUGUGGGGGGAUGGAACGAGGAGAGCAAAGGGUUCUUCCUCGCCUCCUCGGACCCACACAGCCAGGAGAUCGGCAACAAGUUCGAGUUGACGGAAAACGAGGAGGACGCGAUCGAUCGGGUGGCCAACGGGACGUUCUGUUACUACGAGAACUCGUAUUUAUUACAGCACGCACGCGGCAGGCGAAUAUUCGAGAAGCAAAAUGAUCGGAAGAACGUGAGCGCGAGGAGCGCUGAAUCGUCCGUCAAAUACAAUCUGCAUAUUAUGGAGGAAUGCGUCGUCCACAUGCCGAUCGCGCUAGGGCUGGAGAAGAAUUCGCCGCUCAAGCCCCACGUGGAUCUAUGGGUGACGCGGAUGACGGAAGUCGGUUUGGUGGGCAAAUGGCUGAGCGAUGUCAUGGAAUGGUCGAAGAUCACUGAGACACGACUGAAAUCGGAAUCCGAGACGGCGUUAGUAAAUUUACGCAAGUUGUACGGUGCCCUUACCGCCCUCGGGAUCGGUUAUCUUCUCGGAUUCAUUGCUUUAUUUGGCGAAAUUCUUCACUGGAGAUACAUUGUCCUAAGAAAUCCGAGAUACGACAAGUAUUAUCUCGAUGCAUUUUAUAGAAACAAUAAUAAACCUAAAGCUAAUUGAAGCAACAUUCUUAAGUUUGUUCUGCAAAUGUAGCGAGUCAAUAAAAAUGAUAAAAACGAGCCUCUAUAAUAUAUGCUUGAUUUUUAUCACAUCGAAAUGGAA